CCAGCUGCAAAAUAUUAGUCAGGAAGAUGGCGAAGGAGAAGUAGGUGUGAUGGUUGAAAUGGCUUGCAGUAAUUUCGUUUUACGGGAUAAGUUUUGGAUCAAGUUCCCUCUUGGUUGUGCAUAUAUCACGCAUAAAGUAUCAUUGUCUUCACAGUGAAAGUAACUGUUCCAGCUCAGAAGAAGAAGUGUGAAAUAUAGACAAAAAUGCGCGAGUUCAAAGUAGUUGUCCUCGGAUCGGGUGGGGUUGGCAAAAGUGCACUUACUGUCCAGUUCGUAUCCGGUUGCUUUAUGGAGAAAUAUGAUCCAACUAUUGAGGAUUUCUACAGGAAGGAAAUCGAGGUGGACAAUUCUCCCUGCGUGUUGGAAAUUCUCGACACAGCUGGAACCGAACAAUUCGCCAGCAUGCGUGAUUUAUAUAUUAAAAAUGGGCAAGGUUUUGUAGUAGUAUACAGUCUCACAAAUCACCAAACGUUCCAAGACAUAAAAGCAAUGAAAGAGCUCAUCACCCGAGUUAAAGGGACAGAAAGGGUACCUAUAUUAUUGGUAGCCAAUAAAGUGGAUCUUGAACAUCAACGCGAAGUGCCAACCAGUGAAGGAAAUGGAUUGGCGCAAGUGUGGGGAUGUCCAUUUGUGGAAGCAAGUGCCAAAAACAGGACAAACGUAAAUGAAGUGUUUGCCGAGAUUGUAAGAGAAAUGAAUUUCAGUCCUGAGAAGGAAAAGAAAAGUUAUUGUUGUUGCACGGUGCUUUAAGCUAUAAUGAAUCUUAAUUUCUCUGGUCAGCCUUUAAAUUAGACAUCCUCAAGAGUUUACCUACCUGCAUGAUGAUGGUGAAAUGUCCUAAAUUAAAGUUUUAGGGCCUAUCUAUGUAAGAAACAUCUAAACAUUGCUUAAAACUUAAUCUGGCUACUAUUUAAUGUUAUGCUGUUUUAAUUUUGGAUUGAAUUAUGAAUAUUUGUUCAUUUUAUGUUAGCUUUGAAGCUUUCAUAAUUGUGCUUUGUAUGUCUAUUUACAUGUUUUUGAGCCAGUGCAGUUAUAUUUUAAGUGUCAAGGAACACGUAGGACAUGUUUAGUAUCAGGAAGAUUUUUCUACCAAGAUUUUGCAGUUAGCUAAUUAUAUUCAGUGCCUCUGAUACAAGACAGAGCAUGGAAAUUUAUACAUCUGGCCAGAAUGGUAAAGUAGGCAUUGUUGGCUUCUUUUAAAUCAUGGCUGCACAAUAUUGGAAUCAGUUCAUGUAUAGUCUCUCUGUGGGCCUACACACAUUUCUGAUGCUCACUGAACAAUACCAGAAUGAAUCAAGUUUGCAUAGCUACUGAAGACUAAGAGAGGCAUAUUUUUAUAAGCCUAUAGUCAGAAAUUCUGAAUUAAUAGCAUGGAUGUUAAUUUUCAUUAUUAAUGUAAGUAAAGAAUAUGUGUUCUGUCAUACCUACAUGCUUGCAAAAAUAUGCCUUAAUAUUAAAGCAAAGAACACCAUUGAUUUUGCUGUAAAUUAAUAUUAAGGUACAAGGGUACCAUUCUUGAAUUUGGAAAUUGCCAUUAGUUACUCCAAAAAAACAGAAGGGUAUAAUAAUGCUGAAAAAGUUCAGUACAUCGAUUCAGUCUGGCCUAAGAUCUUACAUCUUAAUGAAAGAUUAAUACUAUACCAUCUACAGUGGUGACUACAAAUAUACGUAUAUAUGUACUAUAUCGUAUCAUAUACGGCGCACAUUGUUACAUAUUCAACGUCCCAAAUUUUUAUAGUUGGUGCUGUGUCUUUUGAAUUAUUUGCCAUAAUAUAAAUGAUAUUUAACUGAGUGAUGUUUUGUGUACAGAACAUUUUUUAGGAACUUAAGUGUGACAUCUUCUAUACAAAUUCCACCUAUAUUGUUAGUUAAUCAGUGGAAAUUCUUUUUCAUAAAGCUUAAAAAAAUUACAAAAAAGCAAUGUGUAAUAUCUUUCUAUAUAAAUAAUAUGUGGAUAUAAAUAUAUAGUGAAAAUAUUGUUUGGAUUGAGUGGUGGUAAAGCAGGGAUUGCGACUAGUUACAGCUGUAACUGUGCGUAUGUUGUUUGCUGCAAAGUAUCGUGUGUCAAUAUAUCAGAAUUAUAUAUUUCGAAUUGUGGGCAAUAUGCAUAUUUAGUGAACGAAAAAGGUGGUUCUGUGACGUGUAUUUUUCUGUCUGUGUGUGGGCGUGCUUGUAUGAGUUUAACAGAUGUCGACGCAUUUGUGAUAUCUAUAUAUACCUGAAAAUAUGUCACUGGAAUAUACUUUGGAUUAUCAUAUUGCCAGGUACUGUAACAAAAAUUCAUAUAUUACCUAUAGUUUUAAUAACCCAUAUGUAAUUUGACAUGUAAAGAAAUCACAAAAUUGGGUCCAUGUUUGAGAUUGCUUUUUCCACUUAAUGCAUGUAUUGAAUCACAUAAAAUGUCACAAUAUUUUUCAUUUUUUGUGUGCAUAUAUAUAUAUAUAUAUGGACUGCAUUUGGUUUAGUCUGCCCAACAACCUCCGGCUCUUAUGUUUGAAAAUUUUUAAUCCGAAUGUAUUUUCUGUAUGCCUAGAAUACUGUGUGAAUAGCAGAUAGUUUUAUUUUAGAUUAAAAACUACAUUGUGUGAAAGCAUCUAUUAAUUUGUUUAAUUAUUUAGUAGUUUGGGAGGAGUUGGAUGAUUAUUAACCAUAUCAUAUAUCAAAAAAUUUAUAUUUCUCAUUAAAAUACAGAAUUUUGCUUUAUCAACAUCACUGGGAGGAUGCAGUUUUAAUGUGUGGCAUAACAGAGAUACACGGAUGUACUUUGAACUUGAGGCUUUAUCAUGGGACAUAUAUAUUCAAAAUGUAAGGAAUUAAACCAAGAAAGUAUUGCUUGACAAUUUUAAUUGUCCUUUUAUAUCACUCUAACAAAUCAAGUGACCUAACAGUGAUGAAUAUGCAUCCCAAGAGACUGCAUGUGUUACAUUUCUUAGUCUAUUUCAAAAGGACACAAAGUUUAUUUGUAUGAAACUCGUGUUACAUUUCCUGGACAGAAUGACGCAUGGGGUCGUAACUUUGAAGAUGUGUUAAUGUUGGGGGUCAUGUAAAGAAAAUUGAUGAGCAAUACUUAAUGAGAGGUCAACUUUUGAUAUAAUAGCAAUAUUUUAUUCAUCAAUUUACAGAUUAUUUUACGCAAUUUUAAAUUUAUUCUUCCAUAUAUUUUUACAUACCCCUCAAAUUAAAUACCCUCUUCUUAUUUGUUGACAUCUUUAGUUAUUGAUCUUAAAAUAUGCCCAAAUACCAAGGGUGAUUGUAAAUAAUGAAUCCAGUCAUUGAUAUGUAUCAACCAUCCUAAUGUUAUCCCAAUGUUGUAUGCGAACUUAUAAAAAAUACAUGUGUUUACUUUGUGGUAAAGAAAGCAUGAACCAAUACCAGAAAUAGAUUUAUAAGUGUAUAACAAAUUACAAAAAUAUGUUUUAAUACAUGGUUUAUACAAAAGAUGAA